GGAGUAAGGAGGCGGGAGUCUGGGGCUGGCUCUGACAGGUCCGCUGCUUGAAUUCCCAGACUUCCUAUUGGGUCAACGUGGGAAGCUCCAAGAUGGCGGCAGUGGCGGCUUGUGGCACCGACAGCGGGAGUGCUGGGUCUGUGGCAGCGGCGGCCAGCAAGAACAACGUCACCAGUUUCCAGAGGAAAGGUCCUAGAACCAGCAGUAGCGACAGCGGCGGCUCUCGACUAGUGUCCAUCGCGGGCACACGACCGUCGGUGCGGAACGGACAGCUGCUGGUAUCAACCGGGCUCCCAGCCCUGGACCAGCUCUUAGGUGGAGGCUUGGCUGUUGGAACAGUUCUACUAAUCGAGGAAGAUAAAUAUAAUAUUUAUUCUCCUUUGCUCUUCAAGUAUUUCCUGGCAGAAGGAGUCAUCAACAGACAUACUUUGUUGGUUGCUUCUGCAAAAGAAGACCCUGCUGAUAUUAUACAGGAACUUCCUGCACCAUUACUUGAUGAUAAUUGUAAAAAAAAAUUUGAUGAAGACGUAUAUAAUCAUAAAACACCAGAAUCUAACAUUAAGAUGAAAAUAGCAUGGCGUUAUCAGUUAUUACCCAAGAUGGAGGCUGGACCAGUAUCAUCUUCAAGAUUUGGUCACUAUUAUGAUGCAUCAAAAAAGAUGCCACAAGAAUUAAUUGAAGCUUCAAAGUGGCAUGGAUUUUUUCUUCCAAAAAAAAUAUCUUCAACUCUUAACGUAGAACCGUGUUCUUUGACCCAUGGCUACAUAGAGCUGCUUCAGUUUAUCCAGAAAAUCAUUUAUGAGGAAGGAUUUGAUGGAUCCAAUCCCCAGCUAAGAUUUAUGGGCAACAUGUCUUCUGUUUCAUGGCGAUGCCUGUCUGGAGAGAAAAAACAGAAAAACAUUUUAAGAAUAGGAAUCCAGAAUCUUGGUUCACCUUUGUGGGGAGAUGACAUUUGCUGUACCGAAAACUGUGACAACAGUCACAGCCUUACAAAGUUCCUCUAUAUUCUUCGUGGUCUUCUACGAACCUCUCUUUCAGCCUGUAUCAUCACAAUGCCAACACAUCUGAUCCAGAAUAAAGCAAUUAUUUCUCGUAUUACAAACUUGUCAGAUACAGUAGUUCAUCUGGAGUCAUUUAUUGGUUCUGAGAGAGAAACCCACCCAUUAUAUAAGGAUUACCAUGGUUUGAUUCAUAUACGGCAGAUUCCUCGGCUUAAUAACUUGAUUUGUGAUGUAUCAGACGUCAAAGACUUAGCUUUUAAAUUAAAAAGGAAGCUAUUCACCAUUGAGCGAUUGCAUUUGCCUCCAGACUUGUCAGACACAGUGAGCCGCUCAAGCAAACAGGAUGUGGCAGAAUCCGCCAAGCUGCUGGGCCCAGGCUGCGGCGUGAUGGCCGGAGGCAAGAAGCACCUGGACUUCUAGCACUCCCUUCUUAGUCGCUGCUUGCAGAAUGCUAUGACACUCUCAUUAUGAUCGCUAAUAGCUUAUGUAAAUAUUUUUCUUAACAAUUUGACCCUUCCAGUUCUUGAAAAACACAGGAUUGCAAAACAAGGCCAUCAUUCUUCUUUUUUUAACCAACUUUUUAUACAGAAAUAGUACAGCAGGAAUACUUUCACGGUAAAAUUUUGUUUUAUGCUCUAUCUACAGAAGAUAGGUAAUUUUAACUUUUAAAUAAACGCAACUAAAAUGUCAAAAAAUGCAAGAUGCCUUACAGUGGUCAUUGGUGUGCGUGUCUUAAGUCACUUAGUUCACGGUAAAGUGCAUGUCACAGCAGGUAGCAUAUAAAGCAUUAUGAAAUUCAAAAUCAUAUACGAAAAGCUUAUUUUCUCUUUAUUUCUGAAAGAGUCACUUGCCACCAAAAGUGGUAAGGUUUUUAAAACAAUGAGAAAUGUGUUUGCUAAUAUAUGAAGGCUCUAAUAAAAUGAAUUUGCAUCUAUGCAUCCUGUUAUUAAAUUGAUGAAGACAAAAGAAUAUUUUGGGAUUAAGUCUCUAUUAAAGAUAAUUAGUCUGCUAUAGAAGUUAUUAAAUAUAAAACACUUGCGUGAUAGAAAGUAUAGAAAAAGAACUUUAUGGUCUUCUAUUUAGUCAUCCUAAACAAUUAAAGUCAGCACCAUGAAAUUAUGUCAACACAUAAUUCAGGAUUGAAAUUCAAACUGACAGCUACAUUAGUGCUAGGAUACUGGGGAAGGAAACAUGUACUGAAGCCUGGUGAGAGAUCUUUACAGAAUACAGGUCUGAGACAAAGUGGAAAGCUGAAGCUCACUCCGAUUUCCAUUGCAUUAGGUAAAUCCUUUUGUUAAUUAUGAACUUCGGUUGGGUAUGUACAUUUAUAACCACAUAAACAUGUCUUUGGGGGUAUAUAGCAUCCUGAACCAGUUUUCAUAUAAAACACUAGGUUUCUGAAUCAUAGUUCCAUAUUCUCAAAGCUUUAGACAAAUAGUAGACAAAAAAACAAAAUUUCAAAAGUAACUUACAUAUUUAAGAGCUUCAAUUUUUUAAAAGCUGUUUAACAUCCUUUAGGAGAACCUGAAUUUCCAAAAUACAUUUUCAGAUACGUUAGAAUAUUUUGAAGCAGUUGUAACAAGCAUUUUAAGCAGUUUGCUUUUAAUAUACCACAAAUUAUACUUUUAUUUGUUCUUGACAACAUUGUAGAAAACAAAGACUAGGUUUUUAAACUGUCUAACCAAUAUGAUGAAUGUCAGUCACUUAAAAAAACCCACUGUAGCAUAAACACAUACUGUAUACAGCUUUUAUUCAGAAUUAGAAUAAUUGAAUCAAUGACAGUGAUUUGCCAGGAUGUCAAAUCUCUCCAUCAUAUCCUGUCACUACCAGUUUAUUUUUUGUGAUCAAAAUCAAAAAGACAACUAUUUUGUCACCCGCUAUUUCAUUAGUACUAAAAAUCAGGUUUUUUUCUUCUAUUUUUUUAGAAUGUCUGGUUUAUUUUUUUCACUUCUUUUAAUUCGAAAGACAAAUUCUUCCCCAUUUUCUUUUCAAAAUAAAGUUUCAGAAUUGAUCUGUCAGUUAAAAUUAAAGGGCUUUUAUAUUAAGUGAAGGUGCUUUUAAAAUUUAAAGCAACUUCAAAAAAUCAAUUUAGUUCAUAGAUAAUAAAUAAUGUGCAGAUACUCCACAAAAGCUUUGCUGUAUCCUUUGAAAGCAUUAUGAACAAUCUGAACAAAUUCAAAUGAAUAUUUUAGUCAGGUUAUUAUUUUAAUAAUGCUAACCUUUUUCUUACCAUGUUGUGACUCAUUUGAUACAAACACACCACGGUACAAUUACAUAGCAUUUGACUCUGAAGAGGAAAUGUGAGGUCAUCAGAUAUGUAAAUUGCUUCUCAAAAAUACUUAAUAGGUCAUUGAUUUACUAUCCUGGCUAUGAAAUUAACAGCCAAUUACUCUCUAAUACUAUACACUUUGCAAACAGAUAAAUAUUAUAAAAACUGAAUGUGUGUAUUUGAACCCAACUUAUUUUAAAUAUAAAAGAAACUUUUCAAACUCAACAAAAGUGCAUUUGGAACAAUAAUAGGACCUGGGCUUUCCAAAAAAUCAGGUGCAAGUGUUUUGUUGUUCUGAUUCACUAGGCAGGCCUUGUAAAACUAAGCUACUGAAGAGGGAUGGAUAUUUUUGUUUUCCUGUGAUAAAAACCCACUCUAAAAAUGUGUUUUCCUUCCUUCUGGGAACAUUAUCCAUUAGCCAUAUGCUAAUAACUUGCUACAUAAAAAUAUUUGUCUCCAAUAAUGCUACUGUAGGUCUACAGACCAUUUGGAUACAUUAUGAAAUAUACAUUCUAUAAACACAUUUUUUUUUCAGUUAUCAACUUGUCUCAAAGAUAUAAAUACCCAAGUAACAAUGCUAAACAUACUAUUUGAAAUGUCCUCAUAUCUUUUAAAUGUUUCUAAAACUUGAAAACACUCUAUGGUAUUCAUUUAUUAUGCUAGAUUUGCCUUUCUUUAACAGGAGGUAAAUAUUUUGACUGCUGCAGUCCACUCAGGUGCGAGAGUUCUAAAACCUUCAGAAUUUCUUUUAAAUAGCCACCAAUGUCCAUUUCUCUCUUCUUCGCUUCCAUUUAUUCUUAAAUACUAACACUAGACCAAAUAAAACUACUUCAGAUGGAAGCAACACUUGGCAAUCAAUUCCUUGUCCAUCUUUUAAUUUUAAAGAAUCAGACACGGGCAUCCAAAUGCAAAAGGGAAAUGGGGGGUGGACCUAUUCAUUUGUGAACGUCAUUUUUAAAACAUGGUAAUGCCUUCCAACGAUAGUCCCAUAAACACCACCGAAAUUAAGCAGUACUAACCCCAAGUACUUACACUUUGACUUUAAAACUAAGCAGUCAUUCAGGACUGGUGCAAAACAAAAAAACAAUGAGGUUUAUUCUUGAGAAACAAAAAGGGGAAGAAUUUGUGUUUGGUUUUGGUGAGCCAAACACACAAAAAAUAAAAAUCUUUUUUUUUUAUCUUGUUAAAAUUGAGGCCCAGCACCAAAAGAGUAAGCAAAAUACAGACAUGACCCUACGAUGACAAAAAUUCACAAAACAAAGCUGAAUUUUAAAAUAAUACUGUAUAAAAUAUGAGUCUUAGUUAACGUAGCUAUGAUUAAAAAAAAACGUAGGAAGAGAUAAUUAUGUGAGUCAUAUCAAGAAAAGCCAGUAGGUUAUCACUUAAGACAGGAUGCACAGCUGUGGAGGGGAAAUAUUCUGGAAAUUCAUUGUAGUAAAAAGCAUUUUUUCACUCAGUAAUUUGAAUGUUUCUUCCUCAAACAUUCACCUCUAAUUCUGUUCACCUGGUGUCCCUACGUCAGGCAAGUUUGGAGAAAAACCAUAGGCUGUCAGGUCUUGUGAUUCUACUGAGGACAUCACAAAUAGAUGGUCACCCCCUUGGAAGAUGGUGUCGAAGCAUCCCUGCAGAGUUCCCAUUGAUAAAUACAUAAAUAUGCCUAUCAGGAAAUAAAUAAACAAACAUAAAUUAUUGCAACAACGAGUCAAAGGCCAGCUCCUGGGCACUGCUUCCACUCAGUGCCUGCCAUGCUGUCCCUGGGAGAGUGCUUGGAGCUCUGAUCAGAAGGACAGCUCAUCUCCCCAGGGUGAGGGCAGAAGGCGAGGCAGCCGUUCCAUCCUGCAGGACCAGGGGGCUUCUGCAGCUGAGCAGUCGCCCGAGCAGUCGCUUCUUCAGACCAAAGGCUGUACCAAUGUGUCCUGGAGAUCCUGACCCUCGGAGGACAUGGAUACGUGCCCACAUGCCUACAUACAGACCCUCCACUUCCACAACACUCCCCUUCUCCCAUUCCCAGCUCCUGCACCCAAAGUGCCACACCCGGUUCUCCAAAGUCUAUGCCCUCUAAACAACAGAGCUGUGGGCCAGAACUGCUUGCCUGACCCUGGCCCGAAUCAUAGCCAAGUUGGAAACUGCCCCUCCUUGCAGAGAAGUCAGCCAGCAAGCACACGCCUCACCUAGCCCUUCUCUGACAGCUAGCUCCCUAGGCACAUGUCCCUCAGGGAAUGUAGGCUGCAAAAUGUCGGGAGGUAGAAAAAUCUGCAUGGGCAACUGUACCAACAGUGCAUGUGCGUGCACACCCCACUGCAAAAGUGUGCAAGCAUGCAGUGCAGGCUGACAUUGAAUCAAAGUACAUGCACACAUAUACAAACUGCAGUUAUCCUGGGAAGGUGUCUCUAAAUGAGCAGCAACUCUAGUGGAAUAAAAGUGUUAACACAUAGCAUGCCAGAGACAUGAAUCACAAUUAUCUGUUCACAAGUAAUUCCUUAACUAGAAGAUAGUAGAUGUUAAGCUAGAAGGCUAUUUUUUAAAGCCUCCAAUUCAUUUCUAUAUUUCUGACCAUUUGCCUUUAGGGAUUAAAAACAAAACAAAUAAACAAACAAAAGAGCAGAGUACAAUUCAGUGGAAGUGUCUUUGUCCCCAGAGAUUUCUUCCUGCGCAAGCACUUAAUCUAGACUGCCAAAACCCCCAGCCUCUGAUUGAAGUUUGCAAAGGAAAACUUAUCUAUAUUGACUUAUAUGUUACACAGAACAGAGAGCAAUGAAAGUCUCAGACAGGCCUCUUUCACCCAACAAAGGGCUUAUUUUUUUUUUCCAUCCUUUGCUUGGGCUCAAGCACUCCUGCCCUGCGUGCUGCCACUUUAAACAUGAUCAGAUCUGUGCUUCAUUGCAAAUAACAACUGACCAACAAUGGGCCCUGCUUCAUAGAUUUGGGAAUGUUUGGCUUAAGCUGCCAAUGACUGAAGGCCUUUAACUCCAACCGGCCAGUCACAGUCCGCUUUGUUGUUGUCUGUUGAUGUGUCUGUGCCCAUUAUUCCUUGACAUGCAACAUCCCCCCUCCACCCUCCAACCAUCCACCACCGCACAGAAAGUGAGAUUCAAAUGGGAACAGCUGUAGUGGUUCAAUGGGAAAUGAUGCCUCUUGUGCAAAGGGGAGGGAGACAGAACAGGGAGAGGGCCUUUUUGAGAAAGGCAACAGCUUUUAGAGAGUCUUGUAUAAGAAAUCUACGUUUGAAUAUACUUCAGUGAAAUCGCUGUUGAAAUAGGCUGACAAUGGAAAUCUGCCCAGAUUGAAAAUGCCAGCCCUAAUUCAAAAGACAAUUCCUAGUUAAUAGCUUGUUGCAUUUUUAAAUGAUUUCUAGACUUUGAGCUUUUGUAUUAAAUGGCUAACUGAGAAAUGUUACCAUUUUGUAUGUAUAAAUGGGCACAGAUACACAGCUUUAAGUGGAUUUUUUUUCUAACACAUUUCUGAGUGAUGAACCCUGUAAGAAUUAUUUCUUUAAGGAUCAUCAGGAUUUAAAAUAGAGCGUGUAAGAAAGUAAUCAUUGGUCUCGAAUGUUACUCUGACAUGGAAACAAAAUUUGUAACACCACACUAUAAGGUUAAAAAGAAAAUAGUAUAAUAAAGGAAAUACAAAGGCUUUGGCAUGGUUUUUACAAUCAACAAUGGUUAAUUUUGAUAUGUAGUUGUGAACAACUUCAAAACACUUAAGUUUAAAACUCUUGCAAGCACUUUUAAUUGAUUAGGAAUGAAUUCUAGAUGCACAAAAUGAUUGGACUGUGAACAGUAAUACAACUAUUUCUAAGAACAAUUAACUUUUGCUGGCCAAAAAUGAAACGUAUGAUUGCAUGAAAAUGUGUAUAAAACAUCUAUAGAGUAUUCUUGUCAAAUAUAAAUGAAAUUAACUUUAUUAUAGAAAUCAUUCUGAGGAUUUCUAGGGAAGACAAAUACUUACAUUUUGACAUAAAACAAAUUGGAUUAUAUCGAAGACACACUCUACCUUUUAGCUAUCAACUUUUUUCUUCCUUGAAUUUAUAGCUUACCCUUUUUUGCACAUAAACUUCAUCUGUUAACAACCUUUGGAAAACCAACAGAUAUUUCUUACAUAAAUCUAGUGCA